GGGAGAGGGAGAGUUAGUGUUUGUUUACCAAGCUGUGUUAGGCUGUUCGGGCCGCGAGACCUCUCUUGUAGUAAUCUCUACAGCAACUCUUGCAAGGUGUUAUACAGUAUUGUGUAACUACGUGUAGUGUCGUCUAUACUGUAUUAACAUGAAGACAGGGAAGUAGAGGCUGGUACAGGUGUCGACACAAGGCCACAGGUAUGGAUAUCGCGGGGCCUCUCCUGAGAACUUCUUCCAGAAAUAAGGUUGAAGUGCAGAGGCAGUUAUUACAGAAGAAAUUCAUUAUUAUUACUGUGUUGGUGUUAACAGUAAGAUCGAGCUUUGGGGAAGACUUGAAUGAAUUGCAAGAUAUCAAUAUAGAUGGCUCUGUUAAUUGCUAUGAGAAAUCUAAUUGUCCUUUAAGCAGUAAAGAUACUUCACCAUCAGAGGAUAGUAAAUAUACAUCAACAUUAGAAAACGUAAAUGAUAUUUCACUUCAUAAUGAAAAGUCAGACACUGUGAUUGACUCCCCAUUAUUAGAUGAAUAUGACCAAAGUGAACUAUCAUUACUGGAACAAGAUGACAAACAACCCUCAACAACUGAAGGAGAUGCUGGGUCACAAGAAUAUUGUGAGAAGACAGCAGAAGUAAGCACCGACAAUUGCCAACAACAGGCUUCUCCCAUCACAACCAUAGCACAAGGUGAUCAAGAAUCUAUUGAGCAAGAUGAAGUGAAAUGUGAAUUUGUAGAAGAAAAUAUUAAUAAUUGUUACAAAAUACAAAAUGAAAACAGUGAGGGUGAGACUCGUGCAGAAGUAAGCAGAGAAAAGACUUUGAUAGCUGACAGUACUGGAAGAGAAACAGAUCAAGUGGAAUUGGAUCCUGAACUUGAAAAUGUUCCCCUCAGAGAAAUUCUCCUGAAACUUAAGCCAGAAGGUCUGACUGAUGAUGAGGAUGAGCAGUCACCUGAUUAUUCUGUAUCACAGACAAAUAUGGAGGAAGAUAUUGAGGUUGAAGAGGAAGUACUUGUGUCUUCAGGAUCAGCAGAUAAACAAGAACUGACUCUUGAUGAUAACAUCAGUAGUAGCAGUAACAGUAGUAAUGGAGGCAGUGACAGUAGCAGUGGAGGCAGUAACAGUAAUAGUGGAGGCAGCAAAAAGGCUGUUUGCUUAGAGCUUAAUAUGACUGACCCUAUUACUGAUGUUGAGAUUAUCAAUGCAACUACACUAAUGAAGAUACUAGCAGUUGAUCUUAAUGUAACAAGCAGAGCAUCUGCUGGCCCAUGUUACCUUAUCUACUUUUUCAGUCCCUACUGUCCUUUUUCUGUCAUGGGGUCGGCAUAUGUAAAUGCUCUUGCACGUUCACUGCCAAAUAUUCCUGUCUAUGGUCUGGAUAGCAUUGAACAUCAUAGUGUAAAUGCUCGCUAUGGUGUGAUGGGAACUCCAACAUUAUUACUGUUCCAUAAUGGAAAUGGAGUGGGACGAUACAAUGCCUCUGAAUACUCUGUGUCACAGCUGUUGUCUUUUAUAAGGCAUUAUACAGACCAAGAAAUUAUCAACAUUAAUGUCACUUCAUUAGAUUUCCGGGCCAGCCUCCCAACACAAGUAGCUGAGGGCCGUCCAUAUGCACUCUGGGCAGCAUGGACAUUUCUUAUAAGCUUUGCUUCAUGGUUAUUCAUGACUUCGGAACUUUGUGCCAGACUUACCGAGGCAGUACUGAACAACUGGCGAGAAGCUGAAGCACAGAAUGAUCACCAAGAUUAAAUCUGUCAUUUAGAGUGUGAAUAGAGAAAUAAUUAAUAUUUAAGUGGGUAUUGUAUCAAAAUUAUCAAGAAUGGGUGAUCAAGUUAUCAAAUAGGAGUGAUAGCUCAAAUAUGAAGAGAAAGCUAAAAAGAAAUGGUAUGAAUUGCAUAAAAGGUAUGUAUCUAGGUGUACUUGUCUUGUAUGUGCGUGGUUGAGAGAAAGUGUGCCUGUUGGUAUGUGUGUUUGUAUGAAUGUAUACUAUAUAAAUACACCUUCCCUUUAACAUACAAAAUGUGAUUAAAAAUAUAUAUAAUAUCAUACCUAAUAGCCAGAACUGCUAUACUUGCCUUAGUAAUUAGGCCAGUUUUGCCAAACAACCAGACUGUUUUGCAUAUUUUCAAAUAUAUCUUUUUAAAAUUAGAUUGUCUCUAAUAAUAUACAGUAUAUGAAUUGAUAACAUGAAUUUCAAACUUAACUAGUCCUAGGUUUACCUAUAUUAAGCAGUUUGAUUAGUUCAAGUUUCAAAAGUUUUUUUUUUUUACUAAAAAAUCUCUGCUUUGUAUAUUUAUAAUGAAUACUACACUCCAUAAGAUAAUUUAUUUAAAGUUAUACAGCCUUUAAGAAAAUUCAGUUUGUUAGCCAAAUUUUUCUGAAAUUAUAUACUGUAUUUGUAUAUAUUUUUCAAACAAGUUUCUUAUGGAAUGAUAAAGUUUUCCAUUACAUUAUAUGUGAUUUGAUUUUUUUUUAUUAAAGUUAACAAAUUUUACCUAAUGUGUUCUAACUUAGCAUAACUAAGUUAGUAAUUCAUGUUCUUAAUAUAUAAUAAUAUUAAUUGGAAUAAGUCAAUUUAAAUAGAAAUAGAUAAAAAUAAGGAAAAACAUUGCUUGUUAGGCAAAUUGGACCUUAAAUACUAGGCCAAGUACUCUAGCUAUUAGCUAUUAGACAUGACAUUAUAUAUAUAAUAUUAUAUUAUAUUGUGUGUGUGUAAAUCACAAAAAUUAGCCUUCAUUAACACGUGAUGAAAAAUGUGACAGUGUCAGACCACCACGAAGGAAGAAUUGAAACAGGA